GCCCCGCCCCGCCCCGGCUCCGCCAGCGCCCCGCUCGCCUCCGGUGCCGCAGCCCGGCAGGCGCCUCCUCUUGCGCGGCGCCGCUGCUGCUGCUGCUGCUGCUGCGAUGCUCCCCCGAGGAGGCAGCCGCUGAAGGAUGAGCGCCGCUGCCUGCCGCCGCCCCUGCCCGCUCCCUCCGACGCCGCUGCCACCGGUGCUGCUGCUGCUGCUGCCGCUGCUGCUGCUGCCGCCGCCCGGCGCCUGGGGACUGCUGGCCACCCCUGGCGAGCUGUGUCCUCGGCACCUGGACUGCACCCUUCAGCGGCGGAAGGAGUGUCCCCUGGGGUCCCAUGCCUGCGGCCCCUGCCUCCCCCAGUUCGUAGAAGACAGAGAGGGACGAUGCGUGGCCAGGACAGCAGAGCCCAAAGGGCGAAGCUCUCUUGUUCCCGAGCUAGAAGAAGAGAUUGACUUGGUAUCCGAUGUGCUCUCCAAGCAGGGGAGGGGGCCUCUGCCCCACGGCCAGGAAGAGAGCCCGGCGUCCUCCGGCCCCCACUCCAGGAAGGGGGCAUCAAAGGCAGAGUCCUCGCAGAGUGGCCGGCAGAGAUGGCCAGGCACAUCGUCUCAGCCCACCACCGAGUCCCCAGUGGAGUCGACCCACAUCUCUUCCAAUGAUGCCCUCGUCCUCGGCUUGAUUGUUGUCUGCACGGCUGCAGGUGUGGCAGCUCUGGUGGUGGCAACGAUCUGCUGGUGCAGGCUGCAGAAGGAGAUCCAGCUUGCCCAAAAAGCGGAUUAUCCAGCAAAUAAGCUGCCCCAACUCCCCUCCUAUGACAAGCUCUCUCCUGGCGAUCGGAAGCUGGCACAGAGUGCCCAGAUGUACCACUACCAGCACCAGAAGCAGCAGAUGCUCUCCAUGGAAAAGCAUAAGGAGGAAGCCAAAGCUCCAGAAUCCGUCUCCUCGGACGAAGAGAACGAAGACGGAGACUUCACGGUCUACGAGUGCCCUGGCCUGGCCCCGGUAGGUGUCUCUUUAGGAGGGGAGAGGGUCAGAGAAACAGGAAGGGGCAUCAAAGGCAGAGUCCUCGCAGAGUGGCGGCAGAGAUGGCCAGGCACAUCGUCUCAGCCCACCACCGAGUCCCCAGUGGAGUCGACCCACAUCUCUUCCAAUGAUGCCCUCGUCCUCGGCUUGAUUGUUGUCUGCACGGCUGCAGGUGUGGCAGCUCUGGUGGUGGCAACGAUCUGCUGGUGCAGGCUGCAGAAGGAGAUCCAGCUUGCCCAAAAAGCGGAUUAUCCAGCAAAUAAGCUGCCCCAACUCCCCUCCUAUGACAAGCUCUCUCCUGGCGAUCGGAAGCUGGCACAGAGUGCCCAGAUGUACCACUACCAGCACCAGAAGCAGCAGAUGCUCUCCAUGGAAAAGCAUAAGGAGGAAGCCAAAGCUCCAGAAUCCGUCUCCUCGGACGAAGAGAACGAAGACGGAGACUUCACGGUCUACGAGUGCCCUGGCCUGGCCCCGACUGGAGAGAUGGAAGUGAAAAACCCCCUUUUUGACGACUCCACUCUGCCCCCAAAGUUGCACCCCUGACCAGGAACUGUGGACUGUGUGCAGGACCUGCCCGAGGGCCGCCUGACCAACGGCUCUCCUCUGCCCUCCUCCGCAAAUUCUUGGCUGAAAUAAAUCCGCCUUCUGGCAACUCGCUGCUUCUGCUCGGCUUGGCGUUCCCCCUGCACCGGCCUUUCUUCCACCCGGCUCCCGGAUGUCGGCGAAGAACCUUUGUGGACUGUCUGGACUCGGGAGGGAAGAGGAGGGGGCCCCAGAGGCCUGGCUUGCCACCUCCUGCUCCCACAACCCCUGCCAGCCUCGGGCACGGCAAGACCCGCCUUGCAAAAAUCAGAGUGGGAGGGCUUCCCUUUUCUUUCCUUGUUUUGCAGCCCCCGAGGUUAAAACAAUGGGGCUGGGGAGCCCUUGAUGCUCGAGGCUUCUUCCUUUGGGAGGGGGCUGCAGCUUCAAGAGAGAGGAAGUCUUCUGACAGGCCCUUCCCCGCUCAGCCAGUUGAGACGCCUUGGAAAAGCGGUCCACGUGCCCAUUUAACAGGUGGGAACCGGAGGCAGACUGAGGCUGGAAAAAGUGCGUCUCCCAGGUGUAGUAAGUCCUGAUCCAUUUCACACCGUUUUUAGCACUUUUUCAAAGGAACUGAAUUUUGAGGCUGCUGAGGGUUCAUUUGAAGCCUUUGUGAGCAAAGUUUUAGUUCUCAGAAUUUCAAGGGGAAGGAAUGUUACAAAACAGCCUUAAGGGCUGCAGGGUGACCUCUUGGGGAGCUGGAGUGACCCCCGGAGCUUCUCCCGUUGGGACCCCUGGUUUCCCCGCUUAGCUCUCUCUGGCUGUGCCCACUGUUCUUGCCAGUGUGAUGCCCCCUCCUCGCCCUGGCCUGGCAGGCAGGGAGGCGACAUAUGUUCUGACUCGUUGGGCAUUUCUGAGGAAUUCAUAGCUGUCUGCCAGACUGAUUGACCAAGAGCUGGGAUGGCAUGGAGCUAAGUUUUCUUUUCUUUUUAAUUGCAACCAAAUCUGGAAUGUUGAUUUUCUUCAUACCAAAUUCGGGUUUCCGAAGUAUUUCUGAAUUCUGCUAUUCAAUGGGAUGGGUAUUUAAGGAAGAAGAAUGCGGUUGUUGGUCACCUGUGUUGCUUUCAGAAGACACGAUGUUCCAAGCAUUUGAACUCUCCCCCCCCCAAGAACUGUGGGGAGGGGAUGGGAAGUGUUGGAGAGGGUGAGUUGUGUUAGACAGCCAUCAAGGCUGAUUCCUACCCGUCUUUGCGAAUCCAAAGAGAUUCAUGAACCACCUGGGUAGCUGUAGCCUAUUUCUCCUUGCUCCUGCUGUGAGGUCUAGAAACUUGAUGGAAAACAAUAGAAGGAAAACAAGGUCCCCUGCUCACAUGCAUAAGUGAAGUUUGGAAAAGGGGCAUUUGCAUAUGCAGUUGGACUAUGGGGUUGUGAUGCAAUUCACAAGUUUUGGAAGUUUGCACCUUGCUAGGUAGGGGUGAGUUUGCAGGGCAGAGGGUGGAUAUUUUAUUUUAUUUUGGAGAGGUUUGCCAAACCGUGUUUGGGGUGCAUUAGAGUUGCAUCAGGACCCGUCCAGUCCCCUCCCCCCCCCGCACCUGUAUGAGUUUUUGCAAAGGUUGCCCCUGCUUCCCAUCAGGGUCUCAUCUUGGGCCUGAAGCUGCAGCCAGAGGGGCUCCCAAGCCUCCGUCUGCUGGGCCCCUCAGCUGGGGCUCCCCUACCUGAUUCAGAAGAGUCUUUUGUGGGGGGGGGGUUAGGGGCUGCUCUGGCUGAGUGACCAUCUUUCUAAGCAGAGAGGAAAACUCCUGCACUGCAGGACGGAUAGUAUCAGGGCUGUUUCCAAAGCAGCUUUGGGGGCGGGGUGUGUGUGUGUGGAGACCCCUCUGCGUUCAUUCUCCUGUUUUUGAGUUUGCACAGCACUUUUGCACUUAUCCCGCUGAGUAGUUUACUCCUUACUUUUGUAUUCUUUCCAAAGAGGAAGCUGCACACAAGGGAAAGAGACCCGAACCCGGAGCUCUAAGCUCCUCAGCCCUGCUCCGGGUAGGGGGCUGUUGGUGCCCCCGGAGCUGCCAGCUCUUAGACCCCCAGAAGCAAUGACGGGCUGGAGUGGGGGGGGGGGAGAGAAUGCCACACUGGGAUGGUUUAUUUUUUCUUUCUUGUUUUGUUGUUUUUGUUUCCAGACCUGUAUGGACUGUGUUUAAUAAAUUUUAUUAAAUGACCAAUUCUCAAGCUA